AUGAAAUUAGGAUAUAAUGAAAUAAUGAUAACAUCAAUGUACUUUAAUGAUAUUAAUGAUUUCAUUAAUUUAGAAAUAGGAAUUAAAAGAUUUCAAGGAAAUAUUGAACGAUUUCAUUUUAAUCCAAUUCCAUUAAAUGAAUAUUCAAGAAAAUUAUUUACUAAUAUUGAAACAUUUCAUAUUUAUAAUAAGUAUGAUGAAAUAUUUAAUAAUGGAAGAAUAUUUAAAAAAGUAAUAUGGUAUAAAGUAGAUUAUUCAACACAUUUAAAAGAAAAAAUUUUGUAUAAAGAUAGAAAUAUAUAUGGAAAUAUAAUACCAUAUGAAGUUAAAUCAAAUCGGUGUUGGUGUUUUUAUAUUGUAAAAAUCUAA